GUUUCUCUCCGUCGUGUGUGCAUCGAAUUUGUGUUAUACUACAUAGCCAUAUGGAGUCCAAAAAAUUAAUAAAAGAAAAGUCUAUCUGUAAAUCUGGCCUAAUGAAAUUGCCAUUUUAUAUUCCUUACAUUGAUUUUGUACCCGGCAAAUCUAUACAAAUUACAGUUGAAUUGGAUAGCAGUAAUAAUAUGGAUGUACAUUAUAUUAUUAAAAUAAGAGCGGAAAGAAUAUGGAAAAUUAUAGCUAAUACGUCUUCCAAGUCUAAAAAAUCAGAUAUUGUUAAAAAAGUAAUGGUGUUAAAUUGUGUUGAAAAACAUACUUCAAUAACACUCAUGGUACAAAUUCAAAUUCCAGAAAGUCCGAGGAUACUUAAUUUUAAAUAUUGCGGUGUUAUAACUGAUACAUUUACUCUACAUGUUGAGGUGUUCAAGAUAUAGCGUACGUACAUAAUAACAUAAUCGUGAGUAAUGUGCCAUUAACAACAGCAAGCGAUGCUCAUAAAAAUAAUUUUUCUAUUCAGUUAUCAAACAAAGCAAUCUUAACAAAUUAUAUUUCAUUUGUAGCUUUAGUUAAUUUUGGUUCCUGCUCAACUAUAGUAUUUCAAAGCAACCAAAAAUAUUUCGUGCUAUGAUAUAAUAAAAUAAUCAAUUUUCAAACGAAAAAGUUUACUGUUAUUGAAUUAUCUGCAUGUUCAGAUCUAGUUGGUGCCUUUUAAUUAUUUUUAAAAUUUAAAUGAUCACACUACAAGUAAAAUGAUCUUCCAAAAUUGAUUAUUAUAAAACGACAAUUUUUUAAUCAAUAGAAAUAGAAAAACUAUGUAUGUAGGUUUAUAGUUUACCUGCUAAUUUUUUUUUAAUUAUAAUAUAUAUAUAUAAUAUAUGUAGACAUUUUUAAAAAAGUUUUUAUAAAUAAAGCAAUAUUAUAAUAUAUGUACUAUAGUUAUAUUUAAGAACAGUAAACUAAUAGUAUAGCGCAACCAAAUGCCUAUUUCAAAAGAUUGAUUUUGGUACUCGGUCGAUGAUCCAAGUUUAUGCAAUUGAUGAUAUCAAGUCUGCGUGAAAUACAAUUUUUUAGCUUAGUUCAAGGUUAUCUAACAAUUGUUUCUCUCUUAUAAUUUGAGCAAAAUUUAUUUUUUGACAAUAGUUUUUGAAUAUGGUUUGUUAUUUUUUGUAAUUGAUUGAACGGAUUGUAAGUACGACAUUUUUAUUAUUAGUGUACAUUUUAGCAAAAUAAUUUUUUUUUACUACAUCGACAAUAUAUAUUUUCAUUAUAUAUGUUAGUUGAUCCAAUAUAAAAUUUAAAGUUGUUUGGUAAUUAUAUUUUGUUUUUAGAUUUACUUUCAAUAAUUUUAGCCUUACACAGGGUCAUACAUUUUAAAAUUCACACGUGCAUGAAUAAAUUAAGUUAUUUUAUUACAUAUACAAUUGUGAAUAUAACACACUUUAAACUAUGCAAAAUUUUCGCAUUGUCAUGAAUAUUGUCUUAUCUCAGUCAAUCGACAUAAAAUGUAAAAACGAAAAUGCUUGAAACUGUGUAAGUAUAUAAUAGUAUAAUAUAUAAAUAAAUAUAUGUAUAGCCAUAUAAAUAGGCAUCAUUGUUAUAUUAUUAUUAUUAUGUAAAAAAAAAAAAAUAUUAUUGUAUUAAAAUGUUAAUAUAUAAUACUUAGGUAAACUAUUUUCCACAGUAAA